AAUCUCCUCAAGACACGUACCGGUACGUGUACCCGUUCGAAGCCACAAAACUGAAGGUUGUUGUCUUGAUGUUGUCUUGAUACCGGUAGAUGACAUGAGUACCGGAACUGAUAAUCCAAAGACCCCGUCAUUGUAUACUACACUCAAUAUUAAUACCACAUCAUUUGAAACAAAGAAUCUGUUCUACCAUGAGUGGCAAGCUAUCACUCGCCAUGUUGCUUCUUCUGGCGCAAAAUGCUGAAACGUUCUCUUUUGACUCUUGUUUUCGUCCUUUGCGAACCUUUCCCACGGCAACUAAUGGUCCGUGGCCUGCAGUGCGUUGCUCAAGUCAGUUGUAUUUGGCUGGAAGCAACGACAAUGAUGAUCCAACUGAAGAGGAGCAAGCAUUCAACUUUCUGUUGGAGAUUGCGUCCAAGCUCAAACUUGAAAUUUUUGACCUGGAAGAAGGAAUUUACGGAUACGACUGCAAAGAUUUGCGAUACGGACUAGAAGUCGUUCAGACCAGUAUCGAUUUGACAGAACAAGCUGCUGGUCUGGGGUUGGUCUUGACGGAAAUGGCAAGCGCUCCAGACGGAAGAGGAUUGGUAUUGAUUAGUCAAGUUACGGGGAAUGCUGCCAAGGCAAAUCCACCCAUUCAAGUGGGGGACGCCAUUUCGGGGAUUCGGGCGGGCGGCCAGUUUCGAGAACGAGUCACAGGUGCCAAUUAUGAUGUGACAGUUCAAGAGAUUGGCAAGGCCAAAGAAAUUGCCAUGAACAGCGACCAGCGCAUAUUCCUGGAACUCAAUCGACUCGUGGAGAGAGCACGCAUCACAGUACAAGUGGACCGGGAAGGAAAAUCCGAGGCGGUAGAAAUAGACGCACUGGCGGGAGAGAAUCUAAGACGACUCUUGAUGAGGAAAGGAAUCAAACUGUAUGAUCGCAAAACAAAACGAUUUGACAUGCCCUUUGCCAGUGGAGACUGCGCGGGGGAAGGACUCUGUGGCACUUGUUUGGUAGCCGUAAACAAGGGAGCUGAUCUGCUGUCCCCCAUGGACAACACUGAAAAGCUCAUUAUGCAAGGUCGGCCACUGUCCUGGCGAGCAUCUUGCCGAACCGUCGUAGGAGGAAACAACCAACCUGGUACCAUCAUGCUUAGCACACAACCGCAGUCAAGAUUCGAAGAUGAGCUCGAUCCUGGUGUGAGGAGCCUGGAUCUUUAGAAGGGUUGACAAGGGUAACCCCUUCGAGCUAAGGACCAGUGGUGUUGCUCUAGAGUCUAGUAGACGCAAUGACAUGUUCUUCAGACUGGAAUGUGCUCGAUCCUGCAAUCGGCCCUGGGUGAGCUUCAAAUUGACAUGCACAUUUGUUGCCUGAAUGGUACCGGUACAAAUGUGCCGUAUUGGCGUCAGUCAACCAGCAUUGAUUCAUUGCGGGAUUUGUUUUGGUGCCUUUAGGAUAGCCAUCAGUUGACUGUGAUGCUUGUACUAAUCAGGACACUUAUAAUAUAUACCGGUAGUGUUGACAAUCUGUACCG